AUGGCGGGUACCUAUCAUAACCACCACUUGCUGCAGCUGGUGCUGUCAUGCCGGAAAAUCACCGCCCAGGUCACCAACACCACCACCUCCUCCAUCAUAGCUAUGGCUUCCUCAUCCGAGCAAGAAUUCAUGGCUCACUACCGUGCCCAGCUCAACCGGUUCCCCAGAUCCCAGCGCUUCUGGGACAGUAAAGUGGCCUCUCGCGUGGGGGAGAAACUAGGGUUCCGCCUCAGAGAAAUCGGCGUCACCGCCGUGCACAUCGAUCCUCGCGAGGAACAAUCCCGUCCACAACACUACCGCGUCAUGGUCUCUCCCUUGUUCCAUUCCAUAAAAAACGCCGGCGUCCACGUUUCCGGCAUUCAGUGA